CGACACACAUUUCCAUAGUCCUUUUGACUGGCUAAUCCGACACAGUUGUCAUUCAGACAAUGAAAGCCAUCAUUGGAAUUUUUUUGAUUUCGCUGGUGCUGUCAGCACUCGGUGACAGACGACAUUGUAGACUUAAUAGACGUGAUGUCAUAGUCUGUGAAGAUUCUGGUUUGGUUAGUCGAGUUCGUCGUCCUGCUAAAGACAAUAAUCUAGUCUUAGAUUUUGAUGGUAACACUGCACUUGGUGCAGACGCCUUCAAGAAUGUCAACAACUGGCAGCUGAAGCUGACUUUUCCCAAGGAAGGAUCACCCCAUAUUUUGUCGCUAAAAUCAGGAUCAUUUCGUGGUGUUGGAUACACAACCAAUCUCUUUAUUCAAAACGCAAACGUCACUUAUACUGGGAACCCAUGGUCGGACUUGGCAAAUCUAGAGAUUUUUAAAUGCGAAAACUGCGGAUUUCUGGAUGUCCCGACUGAGAUGCUGAGCUCUUUUCCACAUCUGGAGGAGCUGUACCUGCAGAACAAUAAGAUCGACACCAUUUCUGCGAAUGCAUUCAGGUCGUUGAAGAACUUGAUCAUUCUCAACUUGCUGAGGGAUGAGUCCAUCACCCUAGAACCCGGUUGUUUCAAUGGACUCGAUAAUUUGGAAGAACUGACCAUUUCAUCCGACUCCCUAACAUCAACGCCUGGAAUCUUCGAAGGAUUGAAGAAAUUGGACACCCUCAAUUUGGUGGGAGAACUGCGCAAUGAUACCAGUCUGGCUGAUAUAUUGCUGAAAAUACCAACCCUUAAGAAUUUUGAAUUGAAGCACAGUAACUUUAUUUCUAUUGAUUCUGAAGGGUCCGAAGAUGACCGUCACCUGCAGAGUCUUUCUUUCCACAACAAUAGGAUCGAAUGAUUCCGGGUCUUUGAUGCAUUCCGUCAUCAAUAAUCAUAUUAUGGGGGUACAACCUGGCGCGUUCUCCGGACUGAACCUUUCCAAACUCCUCCUAACACACCAUUUGACUCGUGAAGGCAUUGAACGUACCAAGUUUUCUGACGUAACUGGUUAUCCACAGCUCUCAUUAUAACAAAAUUACAUAGUUGAAGUGGAAGACUUCCAAGGAAUUGAGAGCGAGUUGAGAAUGGACUAACGAAAUUUCGUCCUGAAGAUUUAUUUGGACUCAGACACCAACGACAAUCAGAAAAUAAUUGAAAUAACGUCCAGUCUCCUCAAGAGUACUAGUUUUACUACUUCUAGUCUACGUAUUCGAAGAAAGUGUCGUCAUAAAUUUCAUCCGGAAAUAUCAGUCUGAAGAGAAACUAACAAUUACCGAUAGUACAAUUCUCUAAUGAGACAAUUAUCAAGAUGUUCUGAGAAUACCACAUCAUUGUGAAAGCUUGUCAUAUCUUCAAUAAAACAAUAAAUAAAUAUUGCCCAA